GAGGAGGGGGAGAGACCCCCCCCUCCUGGAUCACCACCACCACCACCACCACCAGGGGCUGGAAGAGGCGACAACGCUGGGAUCGGGCAUCCUGGGCAGCGCUCGCCUCUUUCCCUGACACUCUCGCAUCAAGCCUGGAACCUUCCGUAGGUUAAGUCCCGGAAGCGAAAAGUCUGCAGCCUUGACCUCCGCCCCCAGUGCCCACCAUGCCAUCCAAUGGGCCCGUCGACACCACCAGCAGCUCCGCCGCAGACCGAGAGGCCGCCGAUGCCCGCAAGCAAGGCGAAGAGGAAGCCGAUGAGAACCGGAACAAAGACGAGAAGCCAGAUCCGGGGAUCCCGGCGAGGAAGGCAGGGCGGCCCGGCAGGAAGCGCAAGCAGCCAGUGGCGGAAAGCAGCGAAGCGCCCAAAGACACGGCUUCAGCCCCCAAGUGCCCCCCGGCCCCCGCCCACCACAGCAACAGCAGCAGCAGCCCCAUGGAGCAAGUGCCCAACGGAGACGUGGAGGCGGGCAGCCCUGAGAAGGCCACCACUGCCGCUACCACCACCGCCACCGCAGAGCCCAAGGGCCGGCCAAGGAGUGAGAGCGAGCCCAGCACUCUUCCGGAGAGGGAGACCGGGCGGGCCCUGGAAAAUGGCCGCUGCUGCACCCCCAAGGACAGCCCCGAGGCCCCUGCCUCCGAAGGUAAAGAGGAAAAGGAGGAGAACCACUACAACUCCUUGAAAAUGGAGGGAUCCCGUGGGCGCCUGCGUGGAGGUCUGGGGUGCGAGUCCAACCUUCGCCCGCGGCCGAUGCCCCGCCUGACCUUCCAAGCUGGAGACCCCUACUACAUCAGCAAGCGGAAGCGAGAUGAGUGGCUGGCCCGCUGGAAGAGGGAGGCUGAGAAGAAGGCCAAAGUCAUUGCCGGGAUGAACGCGGUGGAGGAGGCGCUGCCGCGGAGCGAGCCCCAGAAGGAGGAGGAGGCCAGCCCCCCAGCCUCCCAGCAGCCCACCGACCCGGCCUCCCCCAAUGUGGCCACCACCCCAGAGCCCCUGGGGCCCGAUGCCGCCGACAAGGGCAUGUCCAAGACGGCCGACGACGAGCCUGAGUAUGAGGACGGCCGGGGCUUUGGCAUCGGAGAGCUGGUCUGGGGGAAGCUGCGGGGCUUCUCCUGGUGGCCGGGACGCAUCGUCUCCUGGUGGAUGACCGGCCGGAGCCGGGCCGCGGAGGGCACCCGCUGGGUCAUGUGGUUCGGGGACGGGAAGUUCUCUGUGGUCUGUGUGGAGAAGCUGCUCCCGCUCAGCUCCUUCGCCAACGCCUUCCACCAGGCCACAUACAACAAGCAGCCCAUGUACCGGAAGGCCAUCUACGAGGUGCUCCAGGUGGCCAGCAGCAGAUCAGGCAAGAUCUUCCCCUCCUGCCCUGAGAACGAUGAGACCGACACCUCCAAAGCGGUGGAGAUCCAGAACAAGCAGAUGAUUGAGUGGGCCCUGGGGGGCUUCCAGCCAUCCGGCCCAAAGGGACUGGAGCCACCAGAAGAGGAGCGCAACCCCUACAAAGAAGUUUACACCGAGAUGUGGGUGGAACCUGAAGCCGCCGCCUACGCGCCUCCCCCGCCAGCCAAAAAGCCCAGGAAAAGCACAGCCGAGAAGCCCAAGGUCAAGGAGAUCAUAGACGAGCGCACCAGAGAGCGCCUUGUGUAUGAGGUUCGACAGAAGUGCAGGAACAUUGAAGAUAUCUGCAUUUCCUGUGGAAGCCUCAACGUCACCCUUGAACACCCCCUCUUCAUUGGAGGAAUGUGCCAAAACUGCAAGAACUGCUUUUUGGAGUGCGCCUACCAGUACGAUGACGACGGCUACCAGUCCUACUGCACCAUCUGCUGUGGCGGCCGCGAAGUCCUCAUGUGCGGGAACAACAACUGCUGCCGGUGCUUCUGCGUGGAGUGUGUGGACCUGCUGGUGGGGCCCGGUGCCGCUCAGGCCGCCAUCAAGGAGGACCCCUGGAACUGCUACAUGUGCGGCCACAAGGGCAUCUACGGACUGCUCCGGCGGCGCGACGACUGGCCCUCGCGCCUCCAGAUGUUUUUCGCCAACAACCACGACCAAGAGUUUGACCCACCAAAGGUUUACCCACCUGUCCCAGCUGAACGGAGGAAGCCCAUUCGGGUGCUCUCCCUUUUCGACGGCAUUGCCACAGGCCUGCUGGUGCUAAAGGACCUGGGCAUCCAGGUGGACCGGUACAUUGCCUCCGAAGUGUGUGAAGACUCCAUCACGGUCGGAAUGGUCCGGCACCAGGGCAAGAUCAUGUAUGUGGGGGACGUCCGCAAUGUCACCCAGAAACACAUACAGGAAUGGGGCCCUUUUGACCUGGUGAUUGGAGGCAGCCCCUGCAAUGACCUCUCCAUCGUCAAUCCGGCCAGGAAGGGCCUUUACGAGGGAAGCUUCAGAAGUUUUUGGAGGUUUUUUAGCGUAUUUCGCGACUCGCGUCCAGAGAGUGGUCAGGACCGGCCGUUCUUCUGUUUGAUAAUGUUGUAUAUUUUAUUGUCUAUGUCAGAAAGCAGUUUCUCUGUUUCUUUCUCUCUGCAGUCCAACCCCGUGAUGAUCGAUGCCAAAGAGGUCUCCGCCGCGCACAGAGCCCGCUACUUCUGGGGGAACCUGCCCGGCAUGAACAGGCCACUGGCGUCAACUGUGAAUGACAAGCUGGAACUGCAGGAGUGUCUGGAGCAUGGCAGGAUAGCCAAGUUCAGCAAAGUCCGAACCAUCACCACUCGCUCCAACUCCAUCAAGCAAGGCAAGGACCAGCACUUCCCCGUCUUCAUGAACGAGAAGGAAGACAUCUUGUGGUGUACCGAGAUGGAGAGGGUCUUUGGUUUCCCGGUCCACUACACAGACGUGUCCAACAUGAGCCGCCUGGCGAGGCAGAGACUGCUCGGCCGCUCUUGGAGCGUCCCCGUGAUCCGCCACCUCUUCGCCCCGCUGAAGGAGUACUUUGCCUGCGUUUAAGAGGCGCACUCAUUGAACUGUCCGAGCGGAGGAGGAGGCGUCUCAACACAACCACCCCCAGGAACAGAAGCGAAGUGCCCCAGAACGGAGGAGGUGGCCAGUGGGCGAGAGGGAGGAGGGAGGGAGGGAGAGGACCCCUGCCCGUGGGCGCGGGCUCCCGCCGCCCAGGUCUUCACCCAUCCUCUCCCCAGUUCGAGCCACCCUAAGCCCAACCCGCCGGUCCCGCUCUCGUUGGCAACCGCCCUUUAAUUUCCUGCUCUUUCUGGGGUUUGUCUGUUAGUUUGGUUUCUGCCUCUCCUCGCCGGGCCCCACAAAGUGCGGGCCUGGCCUCGGGCGCCACCGACCGCAACAGAGGAAAUUCCAGCCGAGGCCAAAGCUGAGCAGGCCGCGGGGCAACGUUGCCCCCGCUCAGUUGAGGAGCACAAAAGUGGGGCGCGCCGCACUUUCCAGCCCCGCUCCAGGGAGGAGCGCAAGCUGGGGAAGCCGCAAGCCCCGCCGAGCCCCUUCCCCGGUCCCCCCGAUGCCCCCCCACACCACACACAUCUACACACUUUUCUAUAGUAUUUGGGUGCCUACCACACAGGAGACCUUGAUAAAAGCCCAGCUCCUACAGCCGCUCUUACCUCUUGUUUACAGUUUAUAUAUAUGUGAGAGUUAUGCUAAAGAAAUGUCUAUAUAUAUAAAAAAGGUACUGUUACUACUGUACAACUGACUUUCAAAA